AAUUCUAUUAUUAAUCACAAUUAUAGGUCCGGAGAUAGUAGUGAUCUUACUGUUUGUCUUCUUCCUCGUCGGAUCAAGCUGUCACCUACCCAAAAAAUUCAUGGAGCCCAACAAAUCAUUUACCUUCACCAUCUUAAAAUAUAGGCCGCCAGCUAAAAAUUAAACCUUCAAAAUCUUGUCCACGUCAAACACAUGAUGCAGACACACGACCGUUUUCACACAUAUAGUUAAAUCCUAUUUGCAGAAUAAUUGCUCUCUCUCCCAUCCAUUUUUCUGAAGUCUUGCUCGACUUUUGUUGCAACUUCAUAUAAUCAAAGAAAUAUAACUUUUUAAACCGAUUUGGAGUUCGGAUUUGCAUUGUCUUGAAUUUUAGUGAGAGAGAGACGAAAAGAUGGAAGAGGGAGAUGAUGGGAGGGGUGAUCUGAGGAAGCCAUUCCUGCACACGGGGAGUUGGUAUCGGAUGAGUUCGAGGCAGUCAAGUACGAUGGGCUCUUCUCAAGCAAUCAGGGAUAGCUCUAUCUCAGUUUUGGCUUGCGUUUUGAUUGUGGCUUUGGGUCCUAUCCAGUUUGGUUUCACUGUAAUGUUUUUUUGCAUAUAUCUGUUUACUGCUUUUUUAUUUUCUUUAACUUUUUUAAUUUCAUGGUUGUUUGAUUGCAAUCUGUUUUGGAAUGGGGUUACACCUUAGCUGACUUGAUGUUUCGUUGCAAUAAAUUGAAUGGGCUUUGAGUUCAUCUAGAACUGGAACCUGAAUUAUGUGGUUUAGGAUUUUGAGGAUUUGAUCAUGAUAUACAUUGAAGAAUUGGCUUCAUACACGUUGUUUGAGAUAAAGCUUUGUAGUUAUGCUGCAUUUUGGAUUUCACAGUUGAAUGUGAGAGUUGUAAAGUGUGGGCAUCUAAAUCAGAUGUCAUCUACCAAUCUAGAUCAGAUGUGAGAGUUGUAAAGUUUAUAGGCUUUGAUUGUAAUGUUGUUUCAGAUGAUCUUCACCAUCUCUUCAGCAUCACCAAUAAGUGCCAAUGUAUAAUAAAUGAUGUCAAUGAUGUACUCUUAGUGCUAGAAUGGUGAUAUCCAGCCCCACUAAGAGGGUGUUUGGCUAAGCUUAUUUUAGAGAGCUUAUAAGCUCUAAGAGCUUAUAAGAUGUUUCAAGAGCUCAUAAGAUGUAAUGUCUCAAGAGUUUUUAAGUUGUCAAAGUAUUUGGAUAAUUGAGCUUAUAAGCUAGAGAGAGAAAUGUGAACUAGAGAGAGAGAAAAUUGAAAAAAUAUGAACUUGAAAAGUUAUAUGAUGGAAAUAACAAACCAGUAGAGUUAUUUUUGUAAAAUGAUUGUUGCUUAUAAGAUUAUGAAAAAAGAAAUUAGGGUUGAGGAAAUUAUGUUUUGGGGAGCUUAUAAGCUAUUGGAGCUUAUUUUCACCGCUUAGAAGUUGUUUAGAAGCUUAUUUUGCCAAACACUUCUCAAGAGCUUAUAAGCUCCUAAACAAAUUAUAAGUUGUCUUAAGAAGCUUAUGUGCAGCCACACACCCUCUAAAUACUACACAAAUAUUAUGCAACUCCAAGUUUUAUGUUGACAAUGUUGAGUGGACAUUUACCUUCAACCGAGUAAAGUAAUGUAGAAGCAGACUAUGUCCUUGUUUUGUCAAACAUGGUGCCAAAAUAACCAGGCUUAUGCCUUGGACGGUUGAAACUAAGUGUUACUUUGUGCUGGAGUUAUCUUUGCUACUUGUACUUUUCAAAGUAUUUGUUUGACUGUAAUGUGAUCAUAGAAUACCUUUCGGUGGAAUGUGGUUGAGAUCAGAAUUUGGGUUUAUAUGGAACACAUUUUUAUUGGGAGAUUUUUUUUAUUUACAGUUCUUAGAGCUCUUUGUAUGCUGCCAAAUAUAAAUGUUAGUGUGUUUGCUGUGUGGUUACUCUUCACCAACACAGUCUGCUCUCACGAAAGAUCUCAACCUUACAGUUUCGCAGUUCUCCUUAUUUGGUUCAUUGUCCAAUGCGGGAGCCAUGGUUGGGGCAAUCGCUAGUGGUCAGAUUUCCGAGUACAUAGGACGAAAGGGGUCUUUAAUGAUUGCUGCCAUACCUAACAUCAUUGGUUGGCUUUGCAUCUCAUUUGCAAAAGACUACUCAUUUCUUUACAUGGGGAGGCUGUUAGAAGGAUUCGGUGUGGGUAUAAUCUCUUACACGGUGCCUGUAUACAUAGCUGAGAUAGCACCCCAAAAUCUAAGAGGAGCUCUCGGCUCAGUGAACCAGCUCUCUGUGACAAUAGGAAUCUUGCUAUCAUAUCUACUGGGACUAUUUGUUGAAUGGAGAUUGCUUGCAGUUCUUGGAACACUGCCGUGUCUGAUACUGAUACCUGGACUCUUCUUCAUCCCCGAAUCUCCUCGGUGGUUGGCUAAAAUGGGAAUGACGGAUGAUUUUGAGGCGUCCCUGCAAGUACUUCGGGGAUUUGACACUGAUAUUUCUGUUGAAGUACAUGAAAUCAAGAGAUCUGUAGCAUCAACGAGCCGAAGAAAUGCAAUACGUUUCGAAGAUCUCAAACUAAGAAGAUAUUGGUUACCCCUUAUGAUAGGAAUUGGGUUGCUCGUUUUCCAACAGCUAUCUGGAAUUAAUGGCGUCAUCUUUUAUUCUAAUAACAUAUUUGAAUCUGCAGGGAUCUCUUCGAGCAAUGCUGCAACUGUAGGUGUCGGAUUUAUUCAGGUUAUUGCUACUGCAGUGGCUACAUGGUUGGUGGACAAAACUGGGCGUCGGAUUCUUUUAAUCGUAUCUUCAUCCGGUAUGGCACUUAGCCUUGUAGUGGUUGCUGUGUCAUUCUACUUAAAGGAAUCUGUUUCCGAGGACUCUGCAUUGUUUGGAAUCUUGGGGAUCCUAUCAGUAGUUGGGGUGGUGUGCUUGAUCAUCUCUUUUUCACUUGGAAUGGGGCCUAUUCCGUGGCUCAUAAUGUCCGAGAUUCUUCCAAUUAAAAUCAAAGGCCUAGCUGGAAGUGUUGCGACAUUGUUCAACUGGUCUUUCUCGUGGGUGAUAACGAUGACUGCACCAAUGCUACUGACUUGGAGUAGUGGAGGAACUUUCUCUAUGUAUGCCGUCAUGUGCAUAUUCACUGUCGCGUUCGUGGCAAUUUGGGUUCCGGAGACGAAAGGGAAAACAUUAGAGGAGAUCCAAAACUCCUUCAGAUGAUCAGGCUUGUUUACUCAUUUUAUUUUAUUUUCAAUUAUUUAUUUGUAUGGAAAGUGCAUGUUGUGCAAGAGAUAGAUGUGUGCCAUAUUUUUCCUUUUCUGCAAGGAGGUUUUGUUGGCUUGAAAAGUCUCGUGUGAGAUGAGUUGGAAUAUUUCACCAGAUUUUUAUUGCAUAUUUCAUCAAUAAACUUCAACUUACAUAA